AUGCCGAACGUCGACGACGUCGCGCGCUGGAUCGUCGCCCACGACUUUGAUCGCGUCGCCCUGCAGCUUCCGGACGACGCGCUCCCGCGCGCCGCGUCCCUCGUCCGCGCGCUCGACGCCGCCGUCCGCGCGCGUCGCCUCGAGGGCGAGACCGAGCUGUGCGUCUUGGCCGACACCACCUUCGGCUCGUGCUGCGUCGACGAGGUCGCGGCGUCGCACCGAGGCGCGAAGGCUGUGGUGCACUACGGACGCGCGUGCUGCUCGCCGACGUCUCGCGUCCCGGCGCGUUUCGUCUUCGAUAAGCGAGCGAUCGACGUGAAGACGUGCGCGCGGGCGCUGCGAGCGCACGCGCGUACGCUGGGAGGACGAGACGCGGGGACGUCGCCGCGGUGCGUCGUGGCGGUCGCGGACCAGGCGUACGCGCACGCGACGGCUGCGUUGAGAGAAGAGUUAAGGAGAGACGGUGACGCGGCGAGCGGGGUGGAGAUCGUCAUCGCGGAGUCGACGACGGUGGAGGUGGAUCCGAGACGGGACGGGGCGAUCGAGACGCGGGUUGUGGAUGAGGGACGCGAACGCGUCGGUUCGGCGAGUUUCGAGCGUCCGCCGGGCGUGGCGACGGACGCGUGCGCGUUCGUAUGGAUCGGCGGCGCGGGCCCUUCGAUGACGCACGCGAUGCUGGUUUUAGGCGAACGCGCGGAGAGGUUCGGGGGCGUGGCGCAGUACGAUCCGGAGGUGGACGACGAGGUGCGCGUCGAGGCGGACGGCUCGAGCGAGGCCGCUCGAGCGCUCAAGCGUAGAAGGUUCUUGAUAGCGAAGGCGAAAGAGGCCAACGUCGUUGGCAUCGUCGCCGGUACUUUAGGCGUCGCGGGGUAUCGCGAGAUGAUCGCUAACUUGCGCAAGAUGAUCGCCAACAGCGGACGGAAGAGUUACACUAUCGUCGCCGGAAAGCCAAAUCCGCAAAAGCUCGCAAAUUUCCCCGAGAUCGAGGUGUACAUCAUGGUCAGCUGCGAGCUUACCGCACUCAUGGACUCAAGAGAAUAUCUACAGCCCAUCAUCACGCCCUAUGAGGCCUCGAUCGCGUUUACGAGCGGGAAAAUGUGGAUGGGCGAGGUCAAGCUCGAUUUCGCGUCCGUGCCGAAACCUGACAACGCGUCCACGAGCGCUGGCGAUGACGGCGACGCCGGCGAGCCCGAAUUUAGCCUGAUCUCGGGUUCUCUCGAUGUGAGAAACCCCGUCGAGCACGCACGCGCGAUGACGGAGGAAGACACGGAUGCGCCCAACGGUCUCGAGCUCGCGCGUAGAGCCGAGGACGCGCUCGCGCUUCGCGCCUCCGGCGCCGCCGCCGCCGUCGUCACCUCUGGCGCCGAGUACCUCAUGUCUAGACGCACUUACGUCGGGCUAGAACCCGGUCCGAAGCGCGAUGAGGAAACGGGCGAGCUCGCGGACGCCCCGCUCGAAGCCGCUCGAGGUCUCUCGGGCCGAGCCGCCGGAUACUCGGACGAGCGCGCGAGUUGA